GUCCGCUCCCUUCUCGACGUCACGGAGGGAGAAAGAAAGCAGCGACACACAAUGACGACGGAGGACGCUUCCUCGUCCUCGUCCUCGUCGAGGCUACUCCGCUUCCAAGGGCAUGUCAAUCUGCGCCAACGGCUCGUGCUCUCGCUGCUGACAGGCCGACCGGUGCGCAUUGAUUCGAUCCGGUCCAAAUCCACCUCGCCGGGCCUGCGCGACUAUGAGGCCGGCUUCCUGCGCCUGCUCGAAAAGGUGACAAACGGGAGCCGGAUCGAGAUUGGAUACACGGGUACCUCGCUCAGUCUGAGACCAGGAACGAUCACUGGCGGCAACAUCACGCACGACUGCGGGACGUCGAAACCGAUCGGCUACUUUCUCGAAUGGAUCGCCGUCCUGGCCCCGUUUGCCAAGAAGGAGCUGGCAUUGACACUGAAGGGCAUCACGACAGGCGAGAAUGACCUUGGGGCUGAUGUGCUACGGACAGUCACGCUGCCCGUCCUGUCCCUCUUUCUGCCCUCUCCCUCCUCGCUCGCUUCUUCGCUCGAGCUUCGCAUCCGGGCCCGGGGCGCCUCGCCCAACGGCGGCGGGUCCCUCUUCUUUCGUUGUCCUCUGCUGCCCAAUGCCUCAUCGACUGGCGCCGGCACAGCGGGUGGCAUGCUGCGCACAGUUGACUUCACCUCGCCCGGGCGCAUCAAACGGAUCCGGGGUGUCGCCAGUGCGACACGCGUGAGCCCGCAAAUGGCCAAUCGCAUGGUCGAGGCGGCCCGCGGCGUGCUCAAUCGCUACAUUCCCGAUCUCUACCUGUUUGCCGACGUGUACAGGGGCGAGGAAGCCGGCAAGUCGCCUGGCUUCGCUCUCUCCCUUGUCAGCUCUAGCACCACGGGCGCACUUCACUGCUCAGAGUCCGUCUCCAAGCCAGGCCAGACACCCGAGGACGUCGCCCUCGAGGCAGCUAGGGCCCUGUUGGUCGAGAUUUCAACAAGAGGCUGCGUGCCGAGGAGCCAUCAGCCGCUCUUCUUGCUCUUGAUGGCCUUGGGACCCCAGGAUGUGUCAAAGGCGAGGCUGGGUGCCCUGACGCCCGCAGCGAUCCACAUGCUCAGGGACAUCAAAGCCUUCACUGGCGUCACCUUCAAGGUCAAGGUCGAGCAGCAAGAAGCCAAGCGGAAGCGAAGCGCAGACGACAGCGAUGAAGAGGACAUGGACAGUGAAGAACCAGCAUCGAUGCUCGAAGAGACACUCGCCAGCUGCGUUGGUUGCGCGAUCCGUGGCUCGCGCAAGGUUGGCUAAACCACCUCAUCUAUCCGCUCUUAUUCUGUACUUUUAUAGCCAUGUAAUUCAUCCCCACAACUCGUCGAGAUUUCACCAUCUGCAUUUCCUUCAGAGGGAUGAUAGACGGACAGAGCCUCAGAGGUCUACUAGCCGACUUCCUCUCCGCCCGGUAGAGGGUGCCGUCGUUGAUGAUGAAGACGAAGGGGCAAAUGCACCAGCCACACCUCCCCCUCCUCCGGCCCCCCCUCCUUUACCUGAUGCUGCUGCUGCUGCGCCUCCAUAUCCGUCGCUGCCCAUCUGGUCGUCGGACCCCGUUCUGCUGUGCGUCCGCCUGGGCGUUGCGUUGCCGGUGCUGUUGAGCCUCUUGAGCUGGCCCGUCUCUGCCGCGGCACCCGUGCAUGCAUCGCCGUCGUCCUCUUCGUCUUCUUCCUCGAGCACGUCUGCGUCCCUCUCCUGG